CACGCCACAUUGGAGUUAGGAGGGACACCAGUGAAUGCAGCGCAGAGCUAAACAGAAUUGUCUAUAACCCACUACCAAGAACUGAUAGACCUCGUCACAGAGGUGCUCUACUUACAUAACAUCCUCGCUCCAUUCUUACCCCGCCAACAUCCUGCAUCUCCCACGUGCUACACUAUCCAUUGUUGAGGACGUGAAAACAUAUGGAUAGCCACUUUCCAACUCAUCCGAUGCGCAUGUCAGGGGACAUGAACAUGAACACUUCUCUGCCCACCAUCCCCCACGUCAUAAACAUUCUCAUCCUCGACCUGGUCUCAUUCCGCAGCAACGCACUGUCUUUGUUCACCCAAACAGCGUACGCCGCACCAAUGCGGCGAACAACGAUCUUGCCCAUUCUCGUCACUAUCAGAGAUAUUUUCGUAGAGCUUCUCAAUGCCGUUGAUACGGCCUGGAAGGAAUCCUACCUUUUCAUCAAGCAAUGUUACCGUAUCAUGGGGUUAGAACAACCCGAAGAAUUUCAUCAGGGCGAGCGCCAUUUACACGCUCUUCGCAAGAGCCAUAUACAAGCCAGGCAAAUACAGCCUUUCUCGGGAAGGGUCUUGGAUAAAGCUGAGGAGCUCUUGAUCUCAGAGCUCCGUGGCUCCCGUAGUGUGGAACACGUUCUCAGGUUUACAAAAAGGUUCUUCGAAUUAUCCUCCUAUCGAGUCGACAUCAUGGAGAAUCUUCCUCGUCGCAUGAAUAUGAUUCGCCGAGAUGUGAGCGAAAUUAUGGACUGCCUAUACUACCUGGAAGAGCAGAUGUCCAGGAUUAAGAUCUUACUUUGGGAUCCCGAAUGGCGGGCUUGUGUAGAACGACAAGAUGUCAUGGAUUUGUUGUUCGGAGCUUGCUGCUCAGAUCUGUCGUUGCGGCAGAGCAUGGUUGGCGACUGGAUACGUUGUCUAUACCGGUACGGGUCGAGAGAAAUCCCUAUCGACUCUGUGCACCAACCUGCACAAGGUCGUGAUCGUGAUAUGCGGUCUUGGUGGAAUUUGUUAAGCGAGCGCUGGCGGGCGCACAUGGAAAGACAAUGAGAGUGCACGGAGAGUUGAGUGUACGAGUCUUCUCGAAUUCGGGCUAGAAUCUACUUUCUCGAGCUGUCUUGAACACCCCCCCCCCCAAUAAAAAUAAAAAAAAUAAAA